AUGGCGCUCGCUCAUCACGCGGCCGCGUGCCCCAGGGUCUGGGUUCGUCGGCCCGGACGAGGCCCCGCGCCCUGCCGCAGCGUCGUUCCGGGCUCCGGCGCUCCCGGAUCCGGCCAGCUCAUCGUCGAGUUCGCCGCAGCCGGCAACGUCAAGGCGCUCACGCGUUUACUGGACAUCGAGUACUCCGUCCCCGAUGCAGAGCUCGACUCCUCGACGAAGGCGAUCAGAACCGCGCAGUUGCGCACCGCAGCGCAGCGCGCUGCGCACGCGGGCAUGAUAUACACGCUGAGGCUCCUGCUCGAGCGAGGCGCGGAUCUCGGCCUGGACAUGGGGAACGGGAGGGCCAUUGCUUGCGAAGCAGCCGCACGCGGUCAGCACCAGGUCCUGGCCCUCCUCCUCGCUCCGCACGAUCCCCCGGAGUCGAUCGGUGGGGGCGUGAGCACUGAGGUGCAGAACGGGCACGGUCGCACGGUACUUAUGGAGGCGGCCAUGAACGGCCACGCGGAGUGCCUGAGGGUCGCCAUCGAGGCGGGCAGCGACCUCGACUUCGCGACCAAAAACUACAACGCGACGGCUGCGAUUUUCGCCGCGAGGGAGGGGCACCUCAACUGCCUCAACAUCCUUCGCGAGGCCGGAGCGGACAUGGAUAUCGAGAGGAGCGACGGCAAGACGGCCAUGCAAAUACACAGGGAGCAGGUCAGGGCGCAGAUGGCGAACGUCAUGAUGAGGUCGAUGACGAAGUCGGGGCAAGGGUUCAAGGUAUAG